AUGGUUGUGGUGAAGUACGUAUUAAAGAGAUUUCUGCGGCUCAAGCACCAGCCUGCUGUGAUCCUUGAGGACACUGCUGAAGCAUGUGAACUGAUGACGCAGGGGAUCCUGGCCUUGGUCACAUCUACAGGCUGUGCCUCAGCCAGUGCUCUGCAGUCCCUGACAGAUGCCAUGCACAUACCUCACCUUUACGUCCAGAGAAACGCCGAAGGAUCACCUCGUACCGCAUGUCAACUCAAUCCAAGCCCAGACGGAGAGAGAUACACCCUCGCAUCGCGACCGCCCGUCCGUCUAAGUGAUGUCAUGUUGACGCUAGUUGGUGAGCUGCGUUGGCAGAAGUUCAUCGUCUUCUAUGACAGUGACUAUGAUAUCCGUGGACUGCAAGUCUUUCUGGACCAGACAUCAAGACAGGGUUUGGAUGUGUCUCUGCAGCGAGUGGAUAGGAACAUCAGUGGCGUGUUUUCCAGUUUGUUCACCUCCAUGCGCACAGAGGAGCUCAAUCGCUACAGGGACACUCUCAGAAGAGCUAUCUUGCUCUUGAGCCCUCGCGGAGCACAGGUCUUCAUCAAUCAGGCUGUGGAAACUAACCUGGCCUCUAAAGACAGUCACUGGGUGUUUGUGAAUGAGGAGAUCAGUGAUACUGAGAUUAUGGAGCUAGCCCACAGUUCCUUGGGAAGGAUGACGGUCGUCAGGCAGAUUUUCCCUCUGUGGAAGGACAGCAGUGUGAGCUGUAUGAGGAACAACCACCGCAUCUCCUCAUUGCUCUGUGACCCUCAGGAGGGCUACCUGCAGUCGCUGGAGGUGUCCAAUUUGUACCUUUAUGAUAGUGUGUUGAUGCUGGCUAAUGCAUUCUACCGGAAAUUAGAAGAUCGGAAGUGGCACAGUAUGGCCAGCCUCAACUGCAUCAGGAAGUCAACCAAGCCCUGGAACGGAGGCUGGUCCAUGCUGGAAACGAUCAAAAGGUACGAUGUGUUUGAUGUUAAGAAUUUUUCAGAGCUGUCUGUCAAACUGAUGGGGAGGGGCAGGCGGGGUGUCACAUCUAGCAUGCAAGACUAG